AUGGCUGAAACUGCGAAUCGCAAAUGCCGGGGUGUGGACUGCCCUAACGACGCAGGCACCCUACAAUGUCCGACAUGUCUAAAGAGCGGCACCGACAGUUUCUUCUGUUCGCAGGACUGUUUCAAACGAAGCUGGAGUGAACAUAAGAGCAUUCACAAAAAGAGUAAUAUCCUCACCAACCUUUUUCCUCCGAAGGUAGUUUCUGAACCAGAUCCAGCCACCGGAACCUUCAAUCCGUACCCAUCUUUCCCUUAUAGCGGUUCUUUGAGGCCCGUCUAUCCUCUGUCCGCCAAACGAACGAUUCCGAAGACAAUCCCGCACCCAGACUAUGCCCGCGAUGGUAUUCCCCGCUCCGAGCAAAAGCUUAUCGGCCGUCAUAACAUCACCAUCCUGAAUAAGGAGGAGCAAGAGGGCAUGCGCAAGGUCUGCCGGUUGGCUCGUGAGGUUUUGGAUGCUGCAGCACGUGAAUUGAAGCCUGGUGUCACAACGGACUACAUCGACGAGGUUGUCCACAAGGCUUGUAUAGAGCGUGAUUCUUACCCCUCGCCGCUGAACUACAUGAACUUCCCCAAGUCCGUAUGCACCUCGGUCAACGAGACUAUCUGCCACGGUAUUCCCGAUCAACGGCCCUUGCAGGAUGGAGACAUUGUAAACAUUGAUGUCACUCUGUAUCACAAGGGAUUCCACGGCGAUAUCAACGAGACCUACUAUGUUGGAGACAAAGCACUUGCGAACCCCGAUGCUGUCCGAGUGGUGGAAACCUCGCGUGAAUGUCUGAACCAGUCAAUUGACCUGGUCAAGCCUGGGAUGCUGUUCCGCGAACCUGGAAAUGUCAUUGAGAAGCAUGCCAAGGGCCGUAACUGCAGUGUCGUCAAGAGCUACUGCGGCCACGGUAUCAACCAGCUGUUCCACUGUGCACCUAACAUUCCUCAUUACGCUAAGAAUAAGGCUGUAGGCACUGCCAAGCCCGGUAUGUGCUUCACGAUUGAGCCCAUGAUCAACAUUGGUACCCACCGUGACCGCACUUGGCCCGACGACUGGACCAGCACGACCCAAGACGGAUCUCUGUCAGCCCAGUUCGAGCAUACCCUUCUCGUAACUGAGGAUGGUGUCGAGGUGCUUACUGCUCGUCUGGCUGACUCACCUGGUGGGCCAGUUCCUAUGCCUUCGACGGCAUGA